AUGUCUGAGAAUACAAACACUGAUGCACCACAAGUAGUGGCAGACGAGAAAUUACAGAUAGACAAAUCUGAACCAGAAGUAAGCAGCAAGAAAGAUGAUGUAAAGGAAUCUGAUCCAAAUUUAAAUGCAAAUGAAGUAGAGGUCAAUAUACUAUCGUCAGAAUUUCAAUCAGAUAGCGAUCAGGAGACCAAGAAGAAUGAGCCGAAUUCAAUUGCUGAACAUGAGACCAAUAAGUCAUCACAACAAAAAUCAAGUAAUGAAACUGAAACAAAUGAACCAAAACAACAAAACUCAGCUACUGAUAUUGAAUCAAAUGAGCAUACUCCACAACAAUCAACAGAAUCAGAAACUAAAGAACCCACGAAAGAAAGCACUAAUACACACGAAAUUGAGAAUAGUUUGUCUUCCGAACCUAUUGAACAAAUCGAUCGAGCAAUAUUAGCGGACGAAAGCACAGAAACUGGUCAGGCAAGUUCAACUAUUCCAGAGAUACAAGAGGAUAGCAAUGCAAUUAAAACUGAUGAAGUAGUGGAGAAUGAAAUUAUCGAAGACAGCAACAAGGAAGAGGAUGCAGAUAAACAAGAAAUUGAGAUCGAACAGUCAGAGAGCAAGGAAGUAGAUGAUCAUAAUAAGAUUGAAGAAGAUGUAAAAGUAGAGGCUUUUUCUGAUGACGAGAUUGAUGUUGAUGAUAUUUCAUCUGAGGAAAGUAAAGAUAACGGAGAAGAUGAUGACGAAUCAGAAGAAUCAGACACCUCAAGUGACGAAGAAAUGUCAGAUAACGACGCAAAUAAUGCAAACGAAGAUGUUGGAGAUGACGAUGAAGGUGAAACAAAUGAUGGUCCAAUCAAAUCUAUUAACGAAAUAACAGAAAAAGCACCAUCACUUCCGGAAGAUUACAAAAUUCCAGAAAAUGCACCAAUAGAAGAAAUAGGUACCAUAACAGGAUUAGUAGAUAAUUCCAUAUUAAUAACUGCCAAAACAUCUGGAGAAUUCAGAAUUUUAAAAGAAGAAUCUAUUUUCUGUUUUGAAGAUCGUACAGUAAUCGGACCAUUAUUUGAAAUAUUCGGAAGAGUUCAACAGCCAAUAUACAGUGUAAAAUUCAACACACCAGAAGAAUUUGCAAAAUUUAAAGAUUUAAAAGGUAAGAUGGUAUUUUACGUUGUUUCAGAUUCUCAAUUCUUGUACACAGAUUCAAUCAAACAUUUAAAGGGAACGGAUGCAAGUAAUUGUCAUGAUGAAGAGAUUCCCGAAGAAGAACAAGAAUUCAGUGAUGAUGAAGAAGAACAAGCUGCUAAACAAGCUAAAAAGAAAAAGAAAAACAAUAAAGGUAAAGUUUCAAAAGACAAUAACAACCAAAAUAAAUCAAUGCAUAAAAAGAAUGAUAAUCAUGUUAGUGCUCAAAGAGCUCAUAUACCUUCAUAUUCUCCAAUUAAUCAGAGACAAAACAAUAAUCAAAAAUCGUACCAACAAAGAAAUCAAAAUUAUACUCAACACACUCAACCUCCAGUACAGUCAUAUAAUAUUCCUCAACCUUCUUCAUAUGGUAUGCCAUUCAAUCCAAAUCAAAACUUUGCAAAUACAUCUCAACAACAAUUACCAUAUGGACAUGCUAUGCCUUAUCAACAUCAACAGCAACAACAAUACCCUCAGCAACAUCAAAACCAACAAUAUCCUCAACAAUACAGUAUGCCUCAACAACAAUCGCCAUAUGGUCAGUACUCAUUACCUCAGAAUCAGUAUUAUCAACCACAACAACCACAAUAUAAUCAACCACAGCAACAACCACAACAAUAUCCAUAUCAACAAUUGCCACAACAAGAAUACGGAGUACAACAAUCAAAUCAAAAUGUUGAUCCGGCUCAAUUAGCUAGAUUACAAGAAUUAUUAUUGCAGCAAUUUCAAACCCAAAAUCAAAAUCACCAACAGAAUCCUCCACAUCAAUAA